AUGCCGUUGAAAUUAUUUAGACGCAAAGACGACGACGACGCUGCAAGCAUCCACUCCGGCGGCUCGCGGGCAUCGUCCAAAAAACUCAGCGACUCGGAGUCCCUCAACUUCGACGACACAAAGACUUUCCAGUACUCCUUCAACUCCAACACAAACUCCUUGUUCAGCUCGAAAAACACCAUCUCCACGAGAUCUUCCUCACAGCAGAGCUCUCACGGUGCCCAGAAACACCCCACUUUCACAUCCAUAGGAAAGCCUCUGCGCGUGCUCAACGAGGAAGAGUUCGAUGACGAAACGGAGGAGGCCGGUGCCGUGGCGUCGCUUCGGCGGCCCAAGGAUGCGGGGGCCACCGUCCGGAAUACGACUUUGCCAACCCAGGUCUUAGAAAAAGAUAUUGAUUUGUUGGAGGGUGCGCUGGAAAAACAGCUGCGAACACUGGCACAAACAGUUUCCAACACUUUAAUGCGGGUGUCGCAGUCGGUGCUAAAUUUGACAAAGGCUUCCAUUGAAAUCAGCGAAAGUAUCAAGCAAACGACCACCGCGAUUGCCAAACUCAACUAUCUGGCAUUUCUGCCCCCAUACCACUUCUCAACAGCCUCGUCUCCUGGUCUUGCGCAACUCAUCAAAAACGUUCUUUUUCUUGUGGACAAUUUGCUCGUGAUAGAGGUGUACGACAACUCGAAAGCCCUGGUGCUUAAAAAUCUACACGAUCUUCUGGUCCAGCUGAAAACGGUCCAGAAACCGCCACAGGAGCUGGAGAACUAUGUCGCGCUGAUGGCUCCGCAAAACUUCCCAGUUGGCAGCUCGUCGCGGCCGUUGGAGAGCGAACAAAAAAUAGGCCGCAUGAUGCAGCUGCUGGUGAAAAAAUCCAAGGACAAUCUCCUGUCAGACCAGGACGGCUCUUUCAUUGCGCCCGUGUUGCGUGGCUUUGUCAACGAAAACCUCAGCGUUGUCACGUUUGUGUUUGGCUUCCCGACGCUCACAAACGAGCACACUGAAAUCAUUCGCUAUUUCUGUGCCAGCUCGGCCGACCUGCACUUUGUCGCGCAGAAAAACGAAAUCAAGCCUGCCGCGUCCACCUUCCAUGCUCCGUUCCGCACGCUCGACCCGGACGCAGGGUACGUCCCGAUUUCCAUGCCCAUCGCUUGCAACAGCUCGCUCAAAUUGUCAGGCACGCUCGCUGGCUAUUUGUACCCCAAAAUCUCGAAAAAUAACGAGAACACGCGGCUCCAAAAAUAUGCCAACUCGCUGUUUGGGCUCACCUGCGCGCACGUGAUACUUAACGAGACCAUCAACGCGGGUGAGAAUUACCCAUAUGUGUCUGUUCCUUCGCCUGUUUUGAUCGAUUUGUACAAAAACGCUCUUGCCAACGAAAGACUAAAAUACGAGCCGCACUCAGAAGAAUACCAGGCAUACGACGCGGCAAUUAGACAACUAGACGAAACUUACCCGGUGAGCGAGGUGCGCGUCAAGAAGAAGCUUGUCAAGCGCAACCUGCCACCACAAUCAUUUGGCCAACUGAUCUGGGGAGAACGACUGGUGGUAGAGGAUAAACUCUCGGAUAUUGCCAUUGUGAAGAUCUCUGACCACUCCAAGAAGUUCAUCAACUUCCUUGGAGAGGAUCUGGAGCUUAACAAACAUGACCCGUCGCUCAUGUUUUCCAAUUUGUCCGUCAAGGAGACGGUCGACUUGGAAAGCUCAAAAGAUUUCUCGACGCUCAAGCACGCCGGGCUGGACGUGUUCAAGGUCGGAGCUACUACGGGCUACACGGACGGCCGUCUAAAUGGCCAGAAAAUGAUCUACUGGUCCGACGGAACGCUCAGAACGUCGGAAUUUGUUAUUGCAGGAUCCAAAAAACAGUUUGCGGCAGGCGGUGACUCGGGAGCGUUCAUUCUGACGAAACUGUCGAAUCUGCGUGCCUCUGCAGCCGGCAGACGGUCGAUGUUCACCACGAUUCUUGGAAACCUGAUGUCUGCAGGCCCAGAAACCGGGCUGGGAGUCAUCGGGAUGCUGCACUCUUACGACGGCGAAAACAAGGAGUUCGGCCUGCUAACGCCAAUACAUGACAUCCUCGACAGAUUGCACGCGGUGACUGGAGUCCGUUGGGGUGUUGUGGGCUGCAAUAACGACGACGAGUAA